CUUCCUAUGCAAACAAAACCACCCCCUUUCUUUACUGUUGUCACAUAACCAGACAAAAGUUGCUUAUUAUUAUUUUAUUGCAGGAUGUUACAAGUUGAUGCCGCUGCCUCUCUCCUCCUCCUCUCUUUCUUUGAUGCUUGCCAGUGCCAGCUUUCUUUUCUUUCUUCAUUCCCCGCUUCUCUUCGUUGGUGCUGCGGUUUUGGUUCGAGUGAGGAGGAGGAGGAGGAGGAUGAUGAUGAUGGUGGUGGGCGGGGGCAGCAGGUAUCCCUUCACUGCAUCCCAGUGGCAAGAGUUGGAGCUCCAAGCCCUCAUCUUCAAGUACAUGGUUUCAGGCAUCCCCGUGCCUCCCGAUCUCAUCCUCUGCAUCAGGAGGAGCCUCUUCGUGGAGCCUCAAACUCUUCCGUUCCUUCCUCAUCGCCCCACGGUUGGAUGGGAAGCUUAUCAGGUGGGUGACGGUAGGAAGGCAGUGGAUCCGGAGCCAGGGAGGUGCAGAAGAACAGAUGGGAAGAAGUGGCGGUGCUCCAAGGAGGCCUUCCCUGACUCCAAGUACUGCGAGAGGCACAUGCACAGGGGGAAGAGCCGUUCAAGAAAGCCUGUGGAAUUGUCUUUGGCCACCACCCCAAUCUCCUCCCACUUCCCUCCUCCCACUGCUCCUCCUCCUCCUCCUCCUCCUCUCUCACUCUCCACACCUCAUCACACCCACCACUUCCUGUUCCCCUGCUCCUCCUCCUCCUCCUCCUCCUCCUCCUCCUCUUCCUCCUCCUCUUCGAGGCCUCCUCCCAUGAUGGCGCACUCACAACAGGAUGACUCUUCCGGUUACAGGAGCAUCCUUGGAUUCAGGCAGGAUGUGAACGAACACCCUUUCUUCUCAGAAGCCUGCAGGGGUGGCAGGGAGAUGCCGUUCAGGCUUGGCCCAGUGGAGGAGGAAGAGAAGCACUACUUCGUGCUUGGUGCUGAUUUCAAGACACAGAGAAAAGGUGAGGCGGAGAGGGAGGAGCCAGCACAGAACCUGAGGCCAUUCCACUGCUUUCUUGAUGAGAAACCAUCGACGGUGGUGGAUUCUUGGUUGGGCAUGGCGGUGGAUCAGUCGAAGCAAGCGCCAGACCUGAAGACGCGGCUCUCCAUCACCAUUCCUGUGGCGAAUCACGACAUGCCUGUGACUGCGCCGCCGUGUUACAGUGAUGGUUGAGUAAAAGCCUCAUGGUUGCGCAUGCUUUGCCUCUCCUGCCGACAGAUACAUUGCUGAGAUGAACGAAGAACGGUUGCUUUGUUGUUUUCGGUUCUCUCUCUGUUCUUAAACUUGGAAAGACCUUCUCGAGUUCCAUGUAUCUUCACUUACCUGCUUAAGAUGUGACUUCUCCUCACUUGGCUCA